AUGUGCCAGCUGUACGAUUUCAGUAAUGUGAUUCUAGAGGCUGCAAGAGCUACACUCUCGUCAGAAGCGUCUUCGGAUGAACAGGAAUCGAGGGAAGAACGUGUAAAUGCUGAUCGUGCUAGUCUUUCGGCGGCCGAAACUAGUGAAUCUGAGCAGUUUGAAAAGCAGAUGUAUCAGUUGAACGAGCAUGUUAGUGCAGACCUGGUGCAGUCACCAGGCGCUCCUGUAACUGAGUGUGAAACUUCAGAUAAGCACGAUAGCAACGCGUCGCCACACAUUAAAGAACCGCUCAUUUCUGAUGAGACCCCUGCCGAUACACCAUCCUCGGUCGCUCCACAUACGGUAGAACCAGAGUGCACUGCAGAGUCAGAAAAGGCGACCGUCAUGGCCUUUCUGCCUUGCUUGGAAGUGAAAGAAUCUUCCAAACACAACUUGCUGGAUAGCGGCCAUCUCUGUCCACAGCUUCAGUUUUAUCCAAGAGUUCAAUGCUUUGUAGAAGUCAUGUCGAAGCCGCCGCAGAGGAAAAGAAAAUGGAAAGCUACCACUGUCGGAAAGCGAACCACGGUUGCUAUUUCAUCAGAGUCACUGAAAGAAAUUGUGUCUGAGAUCCCUGCUGUCGACAGUGAAAUAGCGCAGCUUUCAGCAGGUGCAGGCGUGCUGCUUGAUUAUGACGAAUCACCAACGAAUAAACGGAUGGACGAUAUGGAAGAAGAAAAUAUGCUCGAGUCGGUCGAAACCGUUCCUUAUGGCGAACAGAUUACAGUUGAAGUAUCAAAGCCUCGAGAAACUUUAGACGAGAAACCAGUCGAUUUUGAAUCAUCUCAGAGAUUGCCGUCGCCACCACGGUAUCCCGUGAGUAACAUCAUUCACGUGCGAUGCCUCACUCGUCCAUUCACUACCAGAUCUCUUCAUCAGCUACUGGCUCAGUUCGGAACGUUUUCAAAGGACGAUUUUUGGAUGGAUGGCAUUAAGUCGCAUUGUUUAGUCAAGUACGAGAAUGAGGAAGACGCGCUUCGGGCGAGAAACGCGCUACACAACUUACAAUGGCCGCCAUCGAAUCAGAAAGUUCUGAGGGUAGAUUUUGCUACUCAAGACGAUCUUGACAGGCAUCGCGGACUGGUUGAGAAGAAACCAGCCAAAAUGGUAAACUCUCAAAACGCAGUUCAGCUUCAUCGUGAGCCGCAGCCUCGCGUUCCUGUCGAAGUUGAUCGUCGAAGGAUAACUCCAAAUGAAUUGCCCGUCGAGACCGAGUCAGACCGUCGUUCUCCGGCGAGGAACAUAUGGCCUAGAAAUCGUGAAUGGGAUCGCGGAAAGUUGUCGAGAGAACAGCUGUCACGAACGGAGGAAGAAGUCCAACUUCCUGAACCACAAAAGAAACGCAUGAGAGAGGACGAGGCAGUGCCUCCUGUUCCUGCGAGGCUCCUGGAGGAACUGUUUCGGAAGACGAAGUGUACGCCGUGUGUUUACUGGUUGCCCCUAACUGAAGAACAGAGUCUGCUAAAGGUAUAA